CCCCGCCGGCCCAGCCCCUCGUUCUCCCGGCCGAGCUCCCCGCCUCUUCCCUCACUCUCCGCCCCACCCCCCCGCCGCUCCUCCCGGCGCGCGUCGGGAGCGGAGUCGAGCGCGGAACGCUUCGAUCGCCCUGCCCUCUGCGGCCGCCCGGCCCCGACUCAUCGGUGCACUCGGAGCUCGACUUCCCUAGGCGGCGGCCGCGGCGGCGGAGGCAGCGGCGGCGGCUCGGCCCGGAGUCCCGGCCCCCGCCAUUUCGGACCGGGAGCGAGCGCGGCGCGGCACCGAAGGCAGCGGCGGGGGCCCGAGGCUCGCGGCUCCCAGGUGCGGAGAGAGGCCUGCUGAAAAUGACUGAAUAUAAACUUGUGGUAGUUGGAGCUGGUGGCGUAGGCAAGAGUGCCUUGACGAUACAGCUAAUUCAGAACCACUUUGUGGAUGAGUACGACCCUACGAUAGAGGACUCCUACAGGAAACAAGUAGUCAUUGAUGGAGAGACCUGUCUCUUGGACAUUCUCGACACAGCAGGUCAAGAGGAGUACAGUGCGAUGAGGGACCAGUACAUGAGGACUGGGGAGGGCUUUCUCUGUGUGUUUGCCAUAAAUAACACUAAGUCAUUUGAAGACAUUCACCAUUAUAGAGAACAAAUUAAAAGAGUUAAAGACUCUGAAGAUGUACCUAUGGUCCUAGUAGGAAAUAAAUGUGAUUUGCCUUCUAGAACAGUAGACACAAAACAGGCUCAGGACUUAGCAAGAAGUUAUGGAAUUCCUUUUAUUGAAACAUCAGCAAAGACAAGACAGGGUGUUGAUGAUGCCUUCUAUACAUUAGUUCGAGAAAUUCGAAAACAUAAAGAAAAAAUGAGCAAAGAUGGUAAAAAGAAGAAAAAGAAGUCAAAGACAAAGUGUGUAAUUAUGUAAAUACAAUUUAUACUUUUUCUUAAGGCAUACUUAAGUAAAAGUGGUAAUUUUUGUACAUUACACUAAAUUAUUAGCAUUUGUUUUAGCAUUACUUAAUUUUUUUCCUGUUUCACGCAAACUGUUAGCUUUUAUCUUAAAAUGCUUAUUUCAAAAUGACAGUGGAAACUUUGUCCUCUAAGUGCCAGUAUUCCCUGAAUUUUGGUUUUGAACUAGCGACGCCUGUGAAGAAAACCGAUUCCCGAGCUCUCUGUCUCGGGUUUUGGUGGGUAUAGCUGAUUAGCUCCUGACCUUCUCACCAGCUGUGAGUGCCCGUGAAACAGAACGACGCGCUUCUGAAUCACUGCCAUGUUUCAUUGAGUCCUGGCGGGGGCUGAGGAGGAACUGUGGCUCAGGUUGGGACCUUAGUGUUGGUUACAGAAACAUCAUGGGUCACAAACCAUGGGCUUCCUGCUGAUCAUCUAGUGUCAUGUCUUGUUGCUGUCAUCCUUGCUGAAUUGAGAGGCUUUCUCCCUCUUUGUCUUAUUAGUCAUGGUCACUCUCCCAAAAAUAUAUUUUUUCUAUUAAAAGGAAAAAAGUGGAAAAAAAAUGAGUGGAAAAUGUUAAAAGGCCAUUGACUUUCUACAUUAGGUAAAUUACUGUAAGAUUCUAACAGCUCUUCCUGUUAGGGCAGACCCAGUGUGAAGUCAGGAUCAUAGUAACCAUUUGGGGCUCUAUGCCCAUGUUUCCAGGUUUUUUUAAUAACCAAAACAAUUUUAACGUGUAUAAAAAUUCCCAUAGAAAUUAACUAGAGUCCACUUAGGUCAGCUUGCACUUUCUUAACAUAACUUCAUCUUUUUUGACCCUUGGUCUUUUAAAAACAGCUUUAAUUUUGGUAAUGAUAUUGAAGAUGAUUUGAUCCAGUGACAGUUCAGAUAUGGUUGAGGAGAGCAAGGUUGCAAGGCCAGACCUUAUGUGAGCCUUUGAGCUUCACUGAGUUUCGUGCACAGGCUGCAACCCCCAUGGUCACCCAGUGUUGUGCAGUGGGGAGCAGGAGUUUGAAUAGCUCAACAAGAUGCGUUCUUACUAUGUGGUGGUCCUACUGGAAAAAGACCAUCGCUUUUUAAAAAAAUAGAAUCUAAAAAAUUAUUUUAACUAUAAAUGAGAUUGGGGGGGUAGGAGAGUAUAAGA